CCAGCUGCUCCGUGGAAAUCCUGUAGAGCAGUUCUGCCCUGUCCUAUAGGGUUACUAUGAGUCAGAAUCGACUGGACAGUAUGGGCUUUGGCUUACAUAUGUAUAUGCAUAUAUAUGUGUGUGCAGCCAGCCCCAAAGAAGUUUUUCAGACAGAAAGAAGCAGGAAGACAGGAAACAAGAAGGAGAAAAGGCAAGAGAGGAGAGAGAGAAAGGAGGCAAGGAACCUCUUAAAAGAGCUGCAAGGCCUGUAACACUGAAGACAGCCACAGGCCCGGAAGGGGUCUAGGGGCAGAGCUGACGGCUACAAGCCCAGAAGGGGCCCGGCUUCUGCUGUCAAAUCAGUUGCCCUAGAUGUAGCCUUGAUCGGGUUGUUUUCCCUGCUUGAUGACAGAAACACACUCACUUAUGGAGUGUUUCUUAUGUCAGCUGCUAUGCCAGCUACUUUGUUCUCCCUAAUAGUUCUGUGUUGGUAGACUCUAUUAAUCCCACCUUACUGAUGAGGAACAUGAGACUUAACAAGGCUGCAGGAGUUGCUAGUAGGUAGAAGAGCUGAGAUCUGAAUCCGAAGCAUGUCUUAAUUUCAAGUCUGUAUUUUUAACCACCGUGCUGCUUCUGAGUGACUCCUGAUCGACUCUGCAAUGAAAUCCAUGUUCCUAAGUGUUGGCCUUCAAAACUCUGCACCAUUUGGUUUCAGUGUCACUUUUCAAACUUGUUAUUUUUGUCUGCCAUCCAGUCAGGCCCCCACCCUGUGCACAGCAGGAUUGGACCUUUGUGAGCUACAGGGUUUUCUUUGACUCAUUUUUAAAAAGUAGAUUUCUAGUCUUAGUCUGGAAGCUCCUCUGGAAACUGCUCAGCAUAAUAGCAACCCACAAGCACCCACUGACAGAUGGGGUGGUAGCUGCACUUGAGGUGCAAUGGCUGGGAAUCGAACUGAGGCUUCCCGCAUAGAAGGCGAGAAUUCUACCACUGAACCACCAAUGCCCCCACUUUUAAACUUAUUUCUUUUGUUUUAGCCAAGUUUAAGUUUCCUGGAACAUAUUCUACUAAUUUUGGCUUUUCAUGUAUUUCCAUUUUGGGGGAUGGGGGGGUGCUGUCCCUUCUCCCAUCUUUGCCUUUAGAAGUUCUAUAUGUUAAAGGCUGUCUGGUACCCCAUGUUUCCCUAGAACCCCCAUCUUCCCUGUUUGUGUAGAAGUAUUUAUUACAGCUCGUUUGUACUGCUACUUGACCUCUUGAUGAUACUUUGUACUCUCAGUUGGUUUUUGAGUAUUCUUACAGCUGUAAUUGUAUUAUAAGAUGCUUGAAAGCAGAAACCUUGUUUCAUUGUUCUUGUAUCCCCCAGUGGAUGCUCAGGAAAUCUGCACGAGUGAGUAUAAAUAUGGUCACUGGUAGACUGUCCUUUUUAUUGGCAUUUAAGUAGUAUUUGAUUUUAACUGGUACCUCCCACCCCCCCCCACAUCCUAGUUUAUUGGAGUGUUUGUGUGUAUACGUAACAACCAGAUAUUCCUGUUGUAGUCUGUCAUAUUCUCUAUUUUCAGAUUGAUUAUUAGGUAAUCAUGAUAAGUUGUUUAAAAAUUCUGGUGUUUUUCUAUAUGUAUGUGUUUACAUUAUUGAUACUCGUGUAUAAUGAUUGUUAAAAUUAACAUUUUGACAUUUGAAUUCUUUCCCAUGCUAUUGAGUUGGACAAAAUUUCUAAUGAAUUGUAAUAUUCUUAAAGGUCUCUGACUUCAGUGUCUUCCAUGUUUAUGUGGAUAUGAAAGAUGGAGUAAAACCAUGCCUGUAGUGCAGUGUUGCUUUGUUCUUUUUGUUGAUAUCAGUAAGCUCCACCUUCAUAUGAUGAACCAGAAUACCCUCAUUCUACUUUAUACCUAACUCUUGGGUCCCUGAAGAGUUCAGGGGAAAUCUCAGGCUUAUUCAAAUGACCUAUCAAGUUUAAUGGUUACCGUUCGGAGGUUGCAGUUUUAUGCUUAUAUCUGCCUUUGUAUCUUAUAUACCAUGUUGCUUCCAUGGGUGUUGACUGUGGAUCCAGGUAAUUAAUUUUUGCAUUAUUAAAUAAAACUAUAAUCCUUGUUAAGAAUCGAUAGUGUAGAAUAUUUUGGUCAUGGUAAGGGGGGGAGAGAGAUAUUUGGAGUUUCUUUUUGAAAUAUUACUUUCAUGAUUAUAAAAGACUGAUUCUCAAAUGAAUUAACCUGUCAUUCUGCUUUUCCUCAGCCUUGUAUUUAAUCACAAGUACUUUCUUUGAAGAUGUACAUUUUAAACAUUUUAAAAAUAAAUGAAUUUUAAACUAAGUAUAUCUAUAUGAUUCAAAUUUUAAGUGGUCCAAAAAUUAUAUAAAGUGAAAAUGUCUCACUUCUGUCCUCCCAGUUCUGUUCUGGGAGGUAACCACUCUUAUCUCUGGAAUGACAUGUAGGCAGUCCCCAGGUUACAAACUUCUUAUUUACAUACAGCCUGUAGAUAGGGGAAAAACUGACUUAGAGAAAGCCAGAAAGGGUUGAGGGGUGAGGCCAUUCAAGACACUCUUGCUUUCCUCUUCUCUGUGGCUCCUGCCCAUUGACAAGUCCAGAGCUGAAAGGCUCCUCAUUAACGGAUUCACAGCCUUGUAUAGGCAGGCCACUUGGCUUGGUGUGCUGGCCAGGCCCACUAUGCAGAGCAGAGCAGCGAUGGCUGGGGCCAGCUUAUUCUGAGCUCUGAGGGAGGAGGUUGCACGUGGGCACUCCACUCACUGCUCUCAGCCGCUGCUCAGGUGCACCAUGUCACAGGGGCCCGCCCACCACCAGCUGCUGGCCGAGCAUCUGCUAUGGCAUAUGCCCGCUCGGAGAAACGUGGCCUGUUUUAGGAGCCUGGGGGCCUGAACACCCUGCACCUGCAGGUGGUGGUAGCUGGCGAUUUAGGCAUCAGGCUCUGCAUACUCUCUGAGUACAACCAGUGAGUGUAUCACGUUGGGCACAGGCCAGGCCUCUGCAGCAUCCCCUUCCCCAGAUCCACCCCACCUCCUCUGGCUGGACCUUCAGUACUGUGCAGCCUGGGGCCAUCGCAGUACCUCUCUGGGCUUCUGUUUCCCCUAUCUUAACACAUGUGGGAUUUCACUGUUGAAGCAGUUCUUGUCCUUUUGGUGGCUGGGGGUCGUGGGCAGUCUUCAAUUCCUGACAUCUGUAAGUCAUAUGGUUUCCGAGGGUCCUUGGAGAACUUUGAAGUUGGGUUUCCCUAAGCAUCCACUUCCCAACCCUGGGGUCUUAGGUUCACUCUUAGCACGUCCUGAGCAGCACUUUCUCCCUUGUGUCCCAAGGCAAGGGCCUCGUAGUUGGUGUGUGGGAUUGACUGGUCCGGUGAGGAGGUGAUGGGGCAAUGAUCUGUCUGGUGCCAGCACCAUCCUAAACUACCUCUUUUGAUUUACAUGCAAAUACGAUUUAAAGACAGAUUUAGAAACGGAACUUGUUCGUUAUCUGGGAAUUGCCUAUACCCAUGUCCAAACCCAUUGCGAUUAAGUGUAAUCUGACUCAUAGGGGCACUACAGGGCACAGUAGAACUGCCCUAUAAGUUUUUUUUUCUUUCACAUUUAGUUGUUCUUUUUAUUAUGUAAUAAUAUUAUGCUUUUAAGAAGGGGCAAUUCUCCUGAACUUGGCAGGAAGGUAGAGGAGAAGGCCAGCUCCGUGAAUACGUGGCUGCACUUGCCAACUGAGGGUGUGAUGUCUGCCAGGCAGCAUGUUGUCCGCCCCCUUUUUUUUGUUAACAGUUUGGCAGUCCCUUUAUUUUUAUUUAUUUAUUUAUCCCCCCCCCCUCCUUUUUUUAAUCUUUUUAUGUGAGGUCAUACAGUGUUCUUCGUUUUGUGAUUGGCUUAUUUGGCUCAGCAUAAUGUCCUCAAACUCCAUCCAUGCUGUAGCAUAUAUCAAGACUUUUUUUCUCCUAAUAAUCAAAAAAACCAAACCCAUCGCGUCGAUUCCGACUCAUAGCGACCCUAUAGGCAGGGUAGAACUGUCCCAUAGAGUUUCCAAAGAGCGCCUGGCGGAUUCGAACUACUGACUUCUUGGUUAGCAGCUGCAGCACUUAACCACUGCCCCACCCCGGUUUCCUUUCUCCUAAUGAUUAAGUAGUAUUCCAUUGUACUACAUUUUGUUUAUCAAUUUAUCUGUUGAUGGGCGUUUAGGUUGUUUCUACCUUUUGGCCGUUGUGAAUAGUGCUGCAGUGAGCAUUGAUGUACGAGUCUCUUUUUGAGUUUCUGCUUUCUAGUUGUCUGGGUAUAUUGCUAGGAGUGAAAUUGCUGGGUCACAUGGUAGUUUCUAUUUUUAGUUUUUUGAGGAACUGCCACAUUGUUUUCCACAAUGGCUGUACCGUUUUACAUUCCCACCAGCAAUGGAUAAGGGUUCCAUUUCCCCACAUCCUUGCCAACGUAUAUUUUGUUUUUUUCUUAGCAGUGGAAGUGAAAUGUUAUCUCAUGGUUUUGAUUUGCAUAUCUCUCUGACGGCUAAAGACACUGAGCAACUUUUCAUGUGUUUGGUGGCCAUUUGAAUGUCCUUUUUGGUGAAAUGUCUAUUCAAGUCCUUUGCCCAUUUUAUGAUUGGGUUGUUUGUCUUUUUGUUGCUAAGUUGUCAAAGUUUUAUGUAUAUUUUGGUUAUUAGGUUCUUGUCAAAUAUAUGCUUACUGAAGAUACUGUCUCAGUUGGUAGCUUGUGUUUUCACUUUUUUAAUAAAGUCUUUUGAUGAACAAAAGUUUUUAAUUUUAUGAGGUCCCGUUUAUUUAGUCUUUUGCUGUUACGGCUUUUGUUAUUAGAUUAUCCACUGUAGAAAGCUAUGCUUGACAGUUAUUCCUGUUUGUUCUUCUAAGAGUCUUAUGGUUUUAGUUUGCACAUUUAGGUCCUUAAUCCAUUUUGAAUUUGUUUUUUGUAUAUGAUGUGAGGCAUAAAUCCUGUUUCAUUUUCUGCAUGUGGAAAUCCAGUUUUCCCAGCACCAUUUAUUGACGAGAAUCUUCUUUCCCCAUCGAAUGGACAUAGUGCCCAUUUAAAAAAUCAGUUGAUCAUAGAUGUGUGAGUUCAUUUUUGGACUCUGAAUUCUGUUGCAUUGGCCUGUGUGUCUUUUAUUAUACCAGUACCAGGUUAUUUCGAUUACUGUAGCUGUAAGUAUAUAAAAAUCAGGACGUGUGAGUCCUACUUUGUCUUCUCUUUAUCAAUAUUGUUUUAACUAUUCAGAGCAUCUUGCCAUUUCAUAUAAAGUUGAGGAUUUGCUUUUAUAUUUCCCUAAAGAAGACUGUUGGAAUUUUGAUUGGGAAUGCAUUGAAUCUAUAGGUUGCUUUGCGUAGUAUUGACAUUUUAACAACAUUAAAUCUUCCAGCCAUGAACGUGAAACAUCGUUCCAUUUAUUUAGGUCUUCUUUAAUCUCUUUCAGUUGUGUUCUAAAGUUUUCAUUGUAUAAGUCCUUCACGUCCCUGGUUAGAUUUAUUCCUAGAAUUUAUUGUAUUUUCUUAGAUGCUAUUGUAAAUGAAUUGUUUCCCAGUUUCCCUUUCAGGUUUCUCAUUGCUGGUGCAUGGAAGCUCAACUGAUUUUUGUUUGUUGACCUUGUACCCUGCAACUUUGCUAAAUUCCUCUAUUAGCUCUGGAAGUUGCCUUGUGGACUCUGGGUUUUUCUAAAUGUAGGAUCAUGUCGUCCAUGAAUAGAGAUAAUUUUACUUCUACUUCUCCAAUCUGGAUACCUUUUAUUUCUUCAUUAAGUAUAAUGUUGGCUGUGGGCUUUUCAUAUAUGCCCUAAAUCAUACCGAAGAAUUUCCAUUCCAUUCCAGUUGUUUAUAGGAUUUUCAUGAAGAAAGGGUGUUGGAUUUUAUCAGAUGCUUUUUCUGCAUCCAUAGAGAUGAUCAUGUGGUUCUUUUCCUUUGUCUAUUGAUGUGGUGUAACAAGUUGAUUGCUUUUCUCAUGUUGAACUAUCCCUGCAUUCCUGGAACAAAUUUCACUUGGUUAUGGCCUAUGACUCUUUUAAUAUGCUGUUUGUUGAAUACUGUUGUUGAGGAUGUUUGCAUCUAUAUUCGUAAGAGAUAUUGGGCUGUCGUUUUCCUGUGGUAUCUUUUUAUGAUUUUGGUUAUCAGGGUUACGUUUGUUUUAUAGAAUGAAUUAGGGCGUAUUCCUUCCUUUUCUAUCUUUUGGAAGAGUUUAAACAGUAUUGGUGUCAAUUCUUCUCUAAAUGUUUGGCAGAAUUCUUCAGUGAAGCCAUCUGGGCCAAGGCUUUUUUUUUGGGAGGUUUUUAAUCAUUAAUUUGAUCUCUUGUUACAGGUCUGUUGAGACUUUCUAUUUCCUGUUGAGUCAGUUUGGAUAGGUUGUAUACUUCUAAGAAUUUGUCCAUUUCAUAUAGGUUAUCCAGUUCAUAUAGGUUAUCCAUUUCAUAUAGGUUAUCCAGUUCAUAUAGGUUAUCCAGUUCAUAUAGGUUAUCCAGUUUGUUGCCAUACAGUUGUUCAUAAUAUUCUGUCAUAACUAUAUUUCUGUUGGGUGCCUUUUAAUGUCAUCUCUUUCACUUUAUUUUGAUUAUUCGCAUCUUUUCUGUGUCAGUCUAUUGUCAAUUAUAGUGAUCUUUUCGAAGAACCAGCUUCUGGUUUUACUGAUUCUGGUUUUUUUUUCUGUUUUCGAUUUUAUUUAUUUAUGCUCUGACCUUUGUUAUUUCCUUUCUUCUGGUAGGUUUAGGCUUAGAUUGCUCUUUUUAGUUCCUGGAGUUGUCAUGUUAGGCUGUUAUUUUGAGAUCUUCUUUUUUCAUGUAGGCACUUAUUGCUGUAAAUUUCCCUUUGAGUACUACCUUUGCUGCCGGCAUCCCAUAAGUUUUGGUAUAUUGUGCUUUCAUUUUCGUUUGAAUCUAAGAAAUUUGUGAUUUGUUCCUUGACCUGUUGGUAGUUUAAUUGUGAGUUAUUUAGUUUCCAUAUGUUUGUGUAUUUUCCAGGUUUUUUUUGUCCCAUUAAUUGAAUUCUGUCUUCACUCCGUUAUGAUCAGAGAAAAUACUUUGUAUGAUUUCAGUCUUUUUAAAUUUAUCAAGACUUGCUUUGUGACCUAAAUGUGGUCUGUCCUGGAGAAUGAUCCAGGUGCACUGAUGUAGAAUGUAUCUUCGGCUGUUGUUGGGUGGAGUGUUCUGUAUAUGUCUGUUAGGUCUAGUUGAUUUAUAGUGUCGUUCAGGUCCUCUGUCUCCUUGUUGAUCUUCCUCUUGUUCUGUCUGUUGUUAAAAGUGGUGUACUGAAGUCUCCAACUAUUACUGUACUAUCUUUUUCUCCUUUCAGUUAUAUUAAAAAAAAUUAGCAUUUGCUUAAUGUAUCUAGGUGCCCUGAUGUGGGGUGCAUUUAUAUUUAUGAUUUGUUAAAUCUUCUUGAUUAAUUGACACCUUUAUCACUAUAUAAUGUCCAUUUUUAUCUGUUGCAACAGAUUUUCUCUUAAAGUCUACUUUGAUAUUAAGAUUGUCGCUGCAGCUCUGUUUUGAUGAUUAUUUGCAUGGAAUUUUUUUUCCCGUCCUUUCACUUUCAGUGUAUUUGUGUUCUUGGGUUUAAGGUGUGGCUCUUGUAAACAGCAUAUAGUUGGAUCAUGUUUUCGUACCUGUCCUGCCACUCUGCCUUUUCAGUGUAGCAUUUAGCCCAUUUACGUUCACUGUAAUUACUUAAUAAUAAGUGACUCACUUCUGCCAUUUUGUUGUUUUUCGUGUGUCUUUAAGCUUUAUUUGGAGCCCCGGUGGCUCUGUGAUUAAGAGCUACAGCUGCUAACCAACCAAAAGGUCGGUAACCUGAAUCUACCAGGCCCUCCUUGGAAACCCUAUGGGGCAGUUCUACCCUGUCCAGUAGGGUUGCUAUGAGUCGAAAUGGACUAGAUGGCAGUGGGUUUUGCCUUUAAGACUUCUUUGUCUUUGUCUUUGUCCUUUAAUACUGCUUGCUUUUGUGUUUGUUGGUUUAUCGUAGUCAGCCUUUUUGUUUCCCUUCUCUUUUCCUUGUGUGUGUCCAUAGGGUUUUCAAGGUUGUAGAUCUUUAUGUAAGCAGACUGCCACAUCUUUCUCCCAUGGAUCAGUUGGUUGAGUCACACUGCCAACCUUUCAGUUAGCAGCUGAGCGUUUUAACUACUGCACCACCAGGUUUCCUUGGAAUGAUAUACAUUAAUAUUUUAUUUGUAUAGAAGUAAAUAUAAAUAAUUUUUCGUUCCUUCCUACUUACAUAAAGAUGAAGUACACUGUAAACAGUUUUUCACUUGCAUUUUCUCUUGACAGUAUAUCUUUGAUCAUUCCAUUAUCAGCAGAUAACUUGUUCGUUCUUUUAAAAAAGUUAGCAGACCUCAAAGUAGUUGUUACAUAUAGCUAUAGUUAUAGAUUGUAUGUAUAUACUAUAAUUUAUUUAAUCAUAUUCCCUGCUGAUGAACAUUUAGGUUGUUUCCAAUUUCUUAUUAUUAUACCCUUUGAGGCAAUACUUUGAAAAAAUAAAAAAAAAACAAAGUCUUCCCUGGUAGGGGAAAAUAAAUUUUGAAAGGUGAAAUGGAUGUUUUUUGGUGAAGAUGAAAUGAAUUUCUGUCCUAACCUGAUGAUCAGUGGGUAAUUGAAUGGAGAGAAUGGUGAAAUCUUGUUAAGACACUGCAGGAAUCCAUAGUGGACAAUUGAAUUGGAAAUGAAAACCUGAAAAAUCUGCGCAAAUAAUUGGUUGCUAGAAGGAGUAUCUCUUUCUGUGUUUAUAUUAGUUUAUUUCUGUGUGUUUCUAUGGAAAUAUUUUUUGGAGUCCUAGGUCACCCUUGAUGGCUCAGUGGCUAAGAUGGUAAUGGGGUUUUUGUUUUUGGUUUAGAUCACAAAACUAGAAACAUUUUUACUUUUAUUCUAGUAGUAAUUUCUGUGAUAGUGUCUUUUAUGUGGACAUAAAGAUUCUGGGAGUGGGGGGAUAGAAGUUUCUUCACGCAGGCAUCACAUAGAAGAGUGAGAAUGGCAGUGAUGAUGGGUAGCAGCUUCCUUGACCAAUUGUCUGCUUUGGACAAGGGGAGCUCUGAAGUGUUUACAACUUAAAAAAACAAAAAAACAAACCCAUUGCCGUCAAGUUGAUUCUGACUCAUAGUGACUCUAUAGGACAGAGUAGAACUGCCCCAUAGAGUUUCCAAGGAGCGCCUGGUGGAUUUAAACUGCCGAACUUUUUGGUUAGCAGCUGUAGCUCUUAACCACUAUGCCACCAGGGUUUCCGUGCUACUUGAUACCUAGAAACUGAAACUGGUCUCUGGGACUAUUGCCCGUGUAGUGUGUUUAACAUAGGAAACCUGUUCAGAGAAUAAAGAUCCUUGUGUAUCAUACAGAGAGAAAUGGGCUACUGCGAUAUAUAUGUAUAUUUUAAUUUUUAUUGUGCUUUAAGUGAAAGUUUACAAAUCAAAUCAGUCUCUCAUACAAAACCUUCUAUGUACCUUGCCAUAUACUCCUAGUUGCUCUCCCCCAAUGAGACAGCAUACUCCUUCUUUCUAUCCUGUAUAUCUGUGUCCAUUCAGCCAGCUUCUGUCCCCCUUGGCCUUCACAUCUCCCCUCCAGGCAGGAGCUGCACACAUAAUCUCAUGUGUCUACUUGAUCCAAGAAGCUCACUUCUCACCAAUAUCAUUUUCUGGCUUAUAGUCCAGUUCCAUCCCUGUCUGAAGAGUUGGCUUUGGGAAUGGUUCCUGUCUUGGACUAACAGAAGGUUUGGGAAUCAUGACCUCCAGGGGUUCUUCUAGUCUUAGUCAGACCAUUAAGUCUAGUCUAUUUUACAAGAAUUUGUGGUCUGAUUCCCACUGCUCUCCUGCUCCCUCAGGGAUUAUUUGUUGUGUUCCCUGUCAGGGCAGUCAUCGCUUGUAGCUGGGCACCGUCUGGUUCUUCUGGUCUCAGGCUGAUGUAGUCUCUCAUUUAUGUGGACCAUUCUGACUCUUGGGCUCAUAUUUACCUUAUGUCUUUGGUGUUCUUCAUUCUCCUUUGCUCCAUGUGGGUUGAGACCAAUUGAUGCUGCAAUAUAUUUUGUGUUUUUUUUUAAUUAUAAAGUCCUUGUAUGCUCAAAAAUGAGAAACUACUGAAAGAGAUGAAGUUAAGGUCCUGCUCCUCAGCACCCUUCCCCCAUCCGUGUCUGCUUCUCAUAGGUUACUGGGGUAAUAGUUUUUAAUAGUUUGUUGUGAAUGCUUUCAGACUUUUAUGCAUAGUCAGAAAUAUUUAUGCAUCUUAAGAAUACCCUUCAGAAUCGUACUGAACGACAGGUAAAUGGCAGGAACGGUAGAGCCAGAAACCUAUUGAAUAACAAGUAAGCAAGAUGAUGGUGGAAUACAAGUUUAAUAUUGAGUAUUUUUUGAUUAUUUCAGGCUAAAGGUGCUAUAAAUACAAAGUAUUAUGUAAACUGUAAAUAGCUGUUUAGUUUCUGCAGCUGUUUUAUGAGGUUAUAAGUAACAAGAUAUUUUUUUCCCAAUUUUUUAAAAGUGUUUUACUGUAUGGAAACCCUGGUGGCAUAGUGGUUAAGUGCUACAGCUGCUAAUCAAAAAGGUCGGCAGUUCAAAUCCACCACGUGCUCCUUGGAAACUCUAUGGGGCAGUUCUCCUCUGUCCUAUAGGGUUGCUAUGAUUGGGAAUCGACUCGACGGCAAUGGGUUUUCGGGUUUUUACCAUAUAGUUAAGUAUUAUCAUUUCUUUGUCAUUUUCUAGUCAUUCUGUCCUAACUAUGAGAUUUGAGUUUGUUUUUUUUCUUGAUAGGCAUCAAAAAAUUAGUUUUUCUAUGUUUCCUAGGCAUAUUUUUUCUUUUUAUGAUGGAACUGGAUCACAAGGAUUCAGCCCCAUUGUGCCUAGAGUUGACACGAGUCGGAAGCUGACUGUAUGGCAACCAACAAAAACAGUUGCGUAUGCUGUCUAGAUUUCUUAUGUUUUACAUUUUUUUAAAUAGUAGUGGCUCAUUGCACUGACCUGUUGCUGUACACCUAUGAUUUCUCUGUUAAUUACUUAUAUAUGCUUUACUAGACAUAGUAUGGGCAGAAUAAAUAAAAGGUCAUCUCAUAGGGUUGCUAUGAGUCGGAAUCAACUCAACAGCAGUGGCUUUUCUUCUUUUUUUUAAUUUGGUUUUGCUUAUUUUCAUGUAAUAGCAGUAGGAAUUCACUGUGGAAAGGUUAGAAAAUUUGAAUAAACAGAAGAAGUAACGGAUUAUCAGGAAUGUUAUUACCCAGGGAUGGUGUGUCCUUUUAUUCAUUCUCAGAGACCUGUGUGUUAACGAGAACACCAACUAGAAAAGCCCAGCUUUGUAAAUCCUACUGCCAUAUAAGGUAAAUAGAUUUGGUGCUGGAAGCACGGAAGAGGUGAGUGCUUGAGUUUCCCCUGUCCUGGAUACUUGUCUGCUAGGCAGUGGUGCUUUAGUAAACAAGGUGGUUGUUCGGCCUCACAGCCUAGUGUAUGUGAUGAUUUUUGCACAUACACAACCAGCUGCAGGGCUUGGUGUAGUGUAGCUAUUGGUGAUGGGGAUUAGUCAGGGCACGUCUGUCACUGUUACUGGCUAAAUACUUCAGAGCUUUUUUUUGGAUUAUGUGUCAUUGAAUUUUUGUAGUUCAUCUUUAAAGUAUUGGACCUUAAGUUUACUAGAAAGAAAUGUUUAGAAAUGUCAUAUUUCAAAAAACAAACUCAAAGCAAUCUUUGUUUUGUAAUAUGUAGAAGGCUGGCUUAUUUUAUCCCUAUGACUCCUCUAAGACCUGGUACUUUGAAUUCUCAUGUUUUCAUUUAGCCUCCUAAUGACUGAAGAAAGCGCUGGUGGGGCAGACAGUUAAGUGCCCAUCUACUAGAUGAAAGGUUGGUGGUUCAAACCCACCCAGAGACACCUGGGAAGACAGGCCCUGGUGACCUGCCCCUGAAAGGUCCCAGCACUGAAAACUCUGUGGGGUAGCUCUGCCAUGCACACACGCGGGCACAGUGAUGCGGAAUCAACGCAACAGCAAGUAACAGCAGUGACUGAAGUAAAGUUUAAAUUCCUGCUCAGCCUGAUAGUCAUAUAUAAGGGCAACUAUUGGAACCCAGGAAGGUGGUGGCUACAGUUGUAGUUUUAAAAAAAGGCCUAGCGGUGGCCUAUGUUGAUAUAACAUACAUUGUAAAUCCCACCCUGAAAGAGUUACUUAACAUAUUUCUGAACUAUUUUAACAGACUUCACUUUUUUUCCCUUUAGAUUGAGUGAUUUUAACCUUUAUUUUUUUCAUGAACUAGAGAAAUUACUUAGAAAUGGAAAGAUUUAGGCUUUUCUACAGUGAUUUAUAUAAAUAUCUGUUCAUUAUAACCAUUCAUGAAAUGGAUUUUGUUUUAAAGGAAAGAAGAAAAUGACCAUGGAUUUGUGGUAGUUGUUCUUUAUGAUAAAAAGACUGUAAGAUUUCUUUUUGUUAAGGACUUGUUUACUUAACAGUGCUUAUUUAGUAAUCACCAAUUUUAUUGUGCCUAGUUAACACUUAAUAAAAUGAAUGCAGUGUACAUUAAUAAGCUAAGCGUAUGUACGUACACAUAUAUGUGGACGUCUGUGGUGCACUCUCCAGGAGGCACCAUUCACAUAAAUAUAAUGGCCUUGUUGACAUAAACGGCGUUUUCUCUAUUACUCCAGGAAAACUCACACUGUUUUCUGUGUGAAUGAUGCAUCUUGAAAUUGUGCAAGACCCUGAUAUCUUUGGUGCUUUAACAUUUUCACGCUUUCAAAAAGUCAGAGAAAAUGGCGGGAGCGGGCAGUGAAAGUUGUGGUCAGUGUAACAGCGUGCUGGAGCGGGCCAGCCCUGUCUGGUGAUGCACGGGGCUUUAUGCAAAUGCAGGCUCCUCCGAUGCUACGGGAGCAGGGAAUGAGGGCUCUGGGGAGCCUUAGGCAUCAUACAGUUUAGCCUCUUCAUUGCACAGGAUUAAUGCAUUUGGAAAUCAAGUGCAAUAUUAAGAGGAAAACAAGCCACACCGUUGUGGAAGCCAUUUCUGCUAAUUUUAUUUUAUUUUUUUUAAUUUAUGAUUUGAUUUGAAUACAAUCAUGGGGGGAGCUGUGAGUGCUGGAGAAGAUAAUGAUGAUUUAAUUGACAACUUAAAAGAAGCUCAGUAUAUCCGCACUGAAAGAGUGGAGCAGGCCUUCAGAGCUAUUGACCGUGGAGAUUACUAUUUGGAGGGCUACAGAGACAAUGCUUACAAAGACUUGGCCUGGAAGCAUGGAAACAUCCAUUUGUCAGCCCCUUGCAUUUAUUCUGAAGUUAUGGAAGCAUUGAAACUUCAGCCAGGAUUGUCAUUUCUUAACCUGGGAAGUGGAACCGGAUAUUUAAGUACAAUGGUGGGCUUAAUUUUAGGUCCUUUUGGAAUAAAUCAUGGGAUUGAGCUUCAUUCAGAUGUGGUGGAAUAUGCCAAGGAAAAGCUGGAGAGCUUCAUCAAAAAUAGUGAUAGCUUUGAUAAAUUUGAGUUCUGUGAACCUGCAUUUGUGGUUGGCAAUUGCCUCCAGAUAGCCUCUGACAGUCAUCAGUAUGAUCGAAUUUAUUGUGGAGCUGGAGUUCAGAAAGACCAUGAAAACUACAUGAAAAUAUUGCUAAAAGUUGGAGGCAUUCUGGUCAUGCCUAUAGAGGAUCAGUUAACACAAAUUAUGCGAACCGGACAAAACACUUGGGAAAGUAAAAAUAUCCUUGCUGUUUCAUUUGCUCCACUUGUGCAGCCAAGUAAGAAUGAUAAUGGCAAACCAGAUUCGGUGGGACUCCCCCCGUGUGCUGUCAGGAACCUGCAGGACUUGGCUCGCAUUUACAUCCGCCGCACACUUAGAAAUUUCAUCAAUGACGAGAUGCAGGCCAAGGGGCUUCCUCCCAGAGCCCCCCCGAAAAGGAAAAGAAAGAGAGUUAAACAGAGAAUUAACACAUAUGUGUUUGUGGGUAAUCAGCUCAUUCCACAGCCUCUAGACAGUGAAGAGGAUGAAAAAAUGGAAGAAGAUAACAAGGAAGAGGAGGAGAAAGAUAACAGUGAAGCCAUGAAGCCAGAAGAGCCUCCUCAAAAUCUGCUGAGAGAAAAAAUCAUGAAGUUGCCCCUCCCUGAAUCUUUAAAAGCUUACUUGACAUAUUUUAGAGAAAAAUAAUUUAGGCCAAGAAGAAUGCCUCCUAGUUCCUCUAGUCUUGAAAAUGUAGCAUUUGUUAGGAGUUAAAAGAGAGUAUUUCUUUCAUCAGAGCAAAUUAUAGUGGAAAAAAAAGUAUAACUUGUUUUUGUCUUAGUAACAAAAAUGAUGUAUUUGGUGAUUAAGAAGAAUCCCUUUUAUAAAAUCUAUUUUUCUUUGAAUCUUGGGAAAAUACUGUUUUAACUCAGUGAUUUCAAAGUAGAAUGCAAUAGUUAAAACUUUGCGUACUGUAAAUCUUUUUCUGAUUCCCUACAGAUUUAUAGCGGUGAGGGUUAAAUUUAAUUUUAUAUAAGAUUAAAUAAUCGUUAAGCAUAUAUAAUCUGAUUUGAAUUGUAGUUUGCAUUUCCUCUAGCAAGACUUUCUUAUAAGGAAAUCAAAUGCUUUGUAGAACAAUUUACCUUAGUUUUGUUGCAAUCACUGUUGCUGAGUUACUAUAGAUAUAUUCCGGGCAAUAUAUGAGUGCAAUAACAAUACAGAUAUUGAAUCAUUUAGCUUUAAAAAAAAAAAAAAAGGCAAGUUUCAUGGAAUUCAACAGCCCUGCUACUUUUGCUUUUGAACCUAUUGCCAAAAGAUAUGGGGAAAUUAACUGCUUCUCUCAUAGAGAUUUUAAGAGCACAUCAAGUGAAUAUUAAAGUGAAAAGUACACACUUAAUUCCACUCUUAAUUUGUAUGGACCCUUUGCAUUUUCAGUAUUUAUAAAUAAUGAAAUUAUCUUACUCUCUGGAGUUUUAAAAGAUGGUCUGUUUAGGAUUGUUUUUCUGUAGUCCACUGUGUAAAGUGUUUAGUCAAAGCACCACCGUUCUCUGUUACUCUCCUAACUGGCACAGCCCGGGAGUGGGCAGCUCUGAGUAGCAGGGCCCAGUGCAUUUGUUCAGGGGACACACUUUAGCAAACGCAACUUCUAUUUCAUCUGAAUAUUUAUCUUUGACAAGGUAGGGCUGAGCAGGCCACCAUUUGCUUUGAAAUUCGUCUUUCUAGUAUAAGAAACAUUCACAGGAAUUGUUCAUAGGUGUCUUUUGGUUUGAAAUCAGCUGAGAAUCAUAGUGUAAUCUUUGGGUCCUACAUCGUGCUCAUUUAACUUCUUCUCGUGGUUUCUUAAGUUUCUUUUGGUAAAGUUAUAAUGGUUUUCAUUUUUUGCUUUAUAUCAUGUACUUAAACUGUCCAUCAUUUGAAUUUUAGUUGUAGCUUUUCAAUAACAAAACAGUUGGUAAAUGCCAUUGUUAGUUUGCUUCUUUUUUUUUUUUCCUAGGUAGGGCUUGAAAGCAGUCAUUCCUUGUGAAGGAAGUAUACACUGUAACAUAUUUACGCCUUAGAGUUACAUGGAUUAUAUAUGUUUUAAAAGGAAAAAUAUGAGAAUAUCACUUAAUACCACCAGCAUCAUUAUUAUCAUAGUUGAUAAGUUUUGCUUAAGGAAACCCAAUCUAUAAAAAAAAAAAAAAAAAUUUCUUUUUUUUUUUUAUUUUCAAUCUAUA